AGGAGCCGGCGGCGGCGCGCGGGGAGCCGCGGGCGGGCGGCGGGCGGGCGCGGUGACCCGAGCCGAGCGGGAGCCGAGCCGAGCCCUCGCCGCGCCGCUCCCGGCCCGGCGGCGGCGCGUCCUCCAGCGGCGGCGGCCGCGCACGCAGCGCCGGACCUGCUCUGGGCUGCUGGCUGGCCACCCGCCCCCACGCCUCCUUCCCUCAGGGCAGCCGCCCGCCGCAGUGGCCUCAGCAGCACGAAGAGGCGACCCGAGGUGCCAGACCGAUGCUGCCUGGGGUGUGAGAAGAGCCCCCACCUGUCUCGGCUGCCACACCCAGAAGGAUGGAGCUGGACUGAGCGAGGGGAGGCCGGAGCUGCUGGCUGGCACGGGGGACACUGGUGAUUUGCAGGUCUGAGCUGGACACGUUCAUGGCUCUCGGGUAGAAGCCAGCCCCACGGCCAGGAUGAAUUCUAUGGACAGACACAUCCAGCAGACGAAUGACCGACUGCAGUGCAUCAAGCAGCACCUCCAGAACCCUGCCAACUUCCACAAUGCCGCCACGGAGCUGCUGGACUGGUGCGGAGACCCCCGAGCCUUCCAGCGACCCUUCGAGCAGAGCCUGAUGGGCUGUUUGACGGUGGUCAGCCGAGUGGCAGCUCAGCAAGGUUUCGACCUGGACCUCGGCUACAGGCUGCUGGCUGUGUGCGCCGCCAACCGAGACAAGUUCACGCCCAAGUCUGCCGCGCUGCUCUCCUCCUGGUGUGAGGAGCUCGGCCGCCUCCUGCUACUCCGCCACCAGAAGAGCCGCCAGAGCGACCCCCCCGGGAAGCUCCCCAUGCAGCCCCCCCUCAACUCCAUGAGCUCCAUGAAACCCACCCUGUCGCACAGUGAUGGGUCCUUCCCCUACGACUCUGUCCCUUGGCAGCAGAACACCAACCAGCCUCCCGGCUCCCUCUCCGUGGUCACCACGGUCUGGGGAGUGACCAACACAUCCCAGAGCCAGGUCCUUGGGAACCCCAUGGCCAAUGCCAACAACCCCAUGAACCCCGGCGGCAACCCCAUGGCAUCCGGCAUGAGCACCAGCAACCCCGGCCUCAGCUCGCCGCAGUUUGCAGGGCAGCAGCAGCAGUUCUCAGCCAAGGCGGGCCCGGCGCAGCCCUACCUGCAGCAGGGCAUGUACGGGCGGCCCAGCUACCCGGGCAGCGGCGCCUUCGGAGCCAGCUACCCCGGGGGCCCCAGUGCCCCGGCCGGCAUGGGCAUCCCCCCACACACCAGGCCACCCGCAGACUUCACGCAGCCAGCAGCGGCAGCCGCAGCGGCAGCAGUGGCGGCGGCGGCAGCUACGGCCACAGCCACGGCAACAGCGACCGUGGCUGCCUUGCAGGAGACGCAGAAUAAAGAUAUGAACCAGUACGGACCGGUCUGUUCCUCUUUCCAGAUGGGUCCCACCCAGGCGUAUAACAGCCAAUUCAUGAACCAGCCCGGGCCACGGGGCCCCGCGUCCAUGGGGGGCAGCCUGAACCCCGCCAGCAUGGCGGCAGGCAUGACGCCCUCGGGAAUGAGCGGCCCUCCCAUGGGCAUGAACCAGCCCCGGCCGCCAGGCAUCAGCCCCUUUGGCACACACGGGCAGCGGAUGGCCCAGCAGAGCUACCCGGGGCCCCGGCCCCAGUCCCUCCCCAUUCAGAGCCUAAAGAGGCCCUACCCGGGUGAGCCCAGUUACGGAAACCAGCAAUAUGGACCAAACAGCCAGUUCCCCACCCAGCCGGGCCAGUACCCCGCCCCUAACGCCCCGAGGCCCCUCACCUCCCCCAACUAUCCUGGGCAGAGGAUGCCCAGCCAGCCGAGCACCGGGCAGUACCCACCCCCCACAGUCAACAUGGGGCAGUAUUACAAGCCAGAGCAGUUUAAUGGACAGAGUAACACCUUCUCGGGAAGCAGCUACAGCAACUACAGCCAGGGGGCCGUCAGCAGGCCUCCUAGGCCCGUCCCCGUGGCGAAUUACCCGCACUCACCUGUUCCAGGGAACCCCACACCCCCCAUGACCCCUGGCAGCAGCAUUCCCGCCUACCUGUCCCCCAGCCAAGACGUCAAACCGCCCUUCCCCCCCGACAUCAAGCCAAAUAUGAACGCCCUGCCACCUCCACCCGCCGGCCACAACGAUGAGCUGCGGCUCACCUUCCCGGUGCGCGACGGCGUGGUGCUCGAGCCCUUCCGCCUGGAGCACAACCUGGCCGUGAGCAACCACGUCUUCCACCUGCGGCCCACGGUGCACCAGACGCUGAUGUGGAGGUCCGACCUGGAGCUGCAGUUCAAGUGCUACCACCACGAGGACCGGCAGAUGAACACCAACUGGCCGGCGUCGGUGCAGGUCAGUGUCAACGCCACCCCCCUGACCAUCGAGCGCGGCGACAACAAGACCUCCCACAAGCCUCUGCACCUGAAGCACGUGUGCCAGCCGGGCCGCAACACCAUCCAGAUCACCGUCACGGCGUGCUGCUGCUCCCACCUCUUCGUGCUGCAGCUGGUGCACCGGCCGUCUGUGCGCUCCGUGCUCCAGGGCCUCCUCAAGAAGCGCCUGCUGCCCGCCGAGCACUGCAUCACCAAGAUCAAGCGGAACUUCAGCAGCGUGGCAGCCUCGUCAGGGAACACGACCCUCAACGGGGAGGACGGCGUGGAGCAGACGGCCAUCAAGGUGUCCCUCAAGUGUCCCAUCACCUUCCGGCGCAUCCAGCUCCCCGCACGCGGCCACGACUGCAAGCACGUCCAGUGCUUCGACCUGGAGUCCUAUCUGCAGCUGAACUGCGAGCGGGGAACCUGGAGGUGUCCUGUGUGCAAUAAGACGGCGCUGCUGGAGGGCCUGGAGGUGGACCAGUACAUGUGGGGCAUCCUGAACGCCGUCCAGCACUCCGAGUUUGAAGAGGUCACCAUCGACCCGACGUGCAGCUGGCGCCCCGUCCCCAUCAAGUCAGACCUCCACAUCAAGGACGACCCUGAUGGUGUCCCCUCCAAGCGUUUCAAGACCAUGAGCCCCAGCCAGAUGACCAUGCCCAACGUCAUGGAGAUGAUCGCGGCUCUGGGCCCUGGGCCUGCCCCCUACCCGCUCCCACCCCCGCCCGCAAGCAGCAGCUCCGGCGACUACAGCGGCCAGGGCAACAACUACCAGGCCCACGGCAACUUUGACUUCCCCCACGGGAACCCCGGAGGAGCACCCAUGAAUGACUUCAUGCACGGCCCCCCGCAACUCUCCCACCCCCCAGACAUGCCGAGCAACAUGGCCGCUCUCGAGAAGCCCCUCAGCCACUCCAUGCAGGAAACCAUGCCCCACGCUGGCGGCUCUGAGCAGCCCCACCCCUCCAUGCAGCAAGGCCUGCACGCCCCUCACCCCAGCAGCCAGGCAGGGCCCCCAUUACACCACGGCGCGGCUCCUCCUUCCCAGCCGCCCCGGCAACCGCCUCAGGCCGCUCCCAGCAACCAUCCUCACAGCGACCUGACCUUUAACCCCUCCUCAGCCUUAGAGGGUCAGGCCGGAGCACAGGGAGCGUCCGACAUGCCGGAGCCUUCGCUGGAUCUCCUACCGGAACUCACCAACCCUGACGAGCUUCUCUCGUACCUGGACCCCCCCGACCUGCCCAGCAAUAGCAACGACGACCUCCUCUCUCUCUUCGAGAACAACUGAGGCCCUCGGGCCCCCACCCGCCCCACACGGCCCACACUGGCCCCGCCAGAGCCGCCCCUCACACCUGCCGUGGGGUCUCCCCGCGUGGAGGGCGGAGGGGGCACUGUGACAGCCACCCUCGCGUGCCGGCCCCCGGGGGCCCCUGGUGUCUGCGCGGUGGCCUGACCGUGUGCCCAGAGCCUUCUCCGAGUGACUGAGCCUAGAGAAGCGGCAUGCCUGGCCGUGGAGAGCCCUGUGCCAGCCCCCACCACAGAAAAGCACAAACUCCGGACGAGCAGAUGCUCCCGUGGUCUGCGGCACGCCCGACCGCCGGACUCUGACGCAAGGCGCCCGCGCGUCCCCUCAAGCAGAGACAGCAGACGGGUGGGGGGUGCCGGGGAAGGGGCCCCUGGACUCAGUGACCCCGCCCUGAGCUGGGCGGGGGGUCGCAGGAGAAACAGCUUCUGGUUCUGCUUCAGGCCCCUCCCAUGUAGAAAGGCCCCGGCUAGAGGCUAGAGCGUGGCACUUGCCUGCGAGAAGCCAUUUCCCACCCGCCUCUCCCGGGCUGCUCCAUGGGACCCCGGCUCCCCUGUCCCCAGAUCUGGCCACAGUCGGGGGGGGGGGGGCCUGGAGAGGCACCAGCUAGUCCAGCCUCCACCCGGUGUCCACCACUGCCCAUCCUGCGUGCACCGGCCGGGCCUGCCUCCUAGCCCCCUGGGAGAGGUUCCGUAACCCCCUGAUGUCCCCCUCCCUGCCCUUCCCCCCACACCCCUGCUCCCCCCUCAGAAGCAGUCUUCCUGCUUCCCCCGUCUGGGGUCUCUGGGGCGCUUUGCAUCCGUCCUGCUUCAGACCCCCUACGCCCCUACCCGCAGUGGGGUCGGGGGGCCAGUCUGUGUUGGUGGCAUCACCCCUGCUGCUGCCCUGGGCUGUGGGUUUCUGUCUCACGCCGGCUCCUGGGCUGGGGGCCUCCAGCACUCCCUCGUCCACCCGCCAUGGCAGCCCCACUGCCGCCCAGCCACUGGCCGCCCUGGGAAGCUGCCAGCCACCUCCCCACUUCUUUUCCCCCUUCGUCCCGUUGUUGAAGUUUUUUCUGACAGCGUGGUGUUCAGUAUGCAAAUCAAUUAUUUUAAGAAUUGCUUUUGUAAAUAUCUUUGUGAAUAUUUUAGUAUUGUCUUUGAUAAUAUUCAACGUUUUCAUGACCUGGUUAUAGCCUUUGCUGGUGUUUUUAAAACGACCUUGACUCAGUGACAAAGACCGAGUCCUUUUUUUAAAAAACAAACAAAAACAAAAAUGUCGCCAGGGCCGUCUGUCCAUCCGCUGAGGAAGGAAGUGCCAGGCCCGCUCCCGGCGUCCACGCUGCCGCUACUCAGAGCCAUCCCGCCCCGGGCAGCACAGCUGUCCCCAGGGACUCGGCAGCCCCGCCCGGUGGCCCUGCCUGCCGCAUCAGCCAUCUGGGAUGGCCCGUCCCGCCUCCCUCGGCACCCCACUUCCUGCUGGGCUGUCCCUUCCGAGAAGGCCCGGGGGUCCGUGUGGCCUCAGGGGUGUCCCCACUCAGUCACCACACCCAGCUUCCCAAGUCUGCAGCCAGCGCUGGGGGCAGGGGAGUUCGGAGCCAGGACAAGGGCUGGGGGCGGCUUCCUGUUGGUCACAAGGGGCCGCAGUACACGCGUGCCCGGGACGCACCCAGUGAAGACAGCCCUUCCUCAGGGCAGCCUGGAACCCCGGGCCCUGCCUCCCCGGCCUGACGACACUUGGAGCCAUAAGUCACCUCAGCAAAAAACACAACCCGAGGGCUCGGCGUGCCGCCCCAGGCCUGGCCAGGCCAGCCUCGUGGACAGCAGGCCAGCCGGGCAGUCACCACCUCCUGGUUUGAAGCUUUACCCACGCGUCAUGUUCCGUAGCCAUUUUAGUUUUGAAGAAACCUCUGAUACUGUCUCCCCCUGGGAGCCCCUGACGCCCCGGCCCACCCCAAGAGCCACAAGCCAGCCCCAGCAGCGCCCCCAAGGGACGUGUAUAUAUGUAAAUGAGCAAUAGAGAUGAGUUAACAGAUGCAUUCAUUGCCCCUGGAAUGUGUAUUGUUUUUAUUUUACAAGACAAAACAAACAAAAAAAAAAAGGCUUGGAACUCCAUCUUUAACGUGGAAAAACUAGACCCUGUUUGCUAGCGUUGUGAGGUCUCGCCACACCCGUCCCCUCCGUGUAAUAUACUCUGACCCCGUGUGGAAAGGAAUUUUUUUUUUUUGUUCUGUUCUUGUUUUUAUUUUACCUACAUGUACUACUUAGCUUCAGUGUACUGGUCCUGCCACCUGUGUAUUUUUAGGGUGCUAUGGAAAUAAUGAAAAAAAAAACGGGGAUUUCAGAAGAAAAUUGUAACCAAAUUCAUACUUUGUAUAAUUUUUGAUAUCAUGAUCGCAGGUGACACACACCCCCCCCCACAUCCACACCCCAGUGCAGCCUGCAGUGACCCGCCGAAGCCGCCGUCUUUGUACACCCAUGUACAAUUGCGAUCAUUUCAUACUUUAAACUGGUCAGAAACUAAUUGUGAUUUCUAGUCUUGCAAAGCUGUAUGUAGUUAGAUGAUGUGACACCUCUAAUAUUUAUCUAAUAAAUAUGUAUUCAGAUGAAACCUGUA